GCAAUUGCGGGCUGAUAUUCGACCAUCAUCAUAAAUCCGCACAAUAAAUGGACAAGGCAUUGCAUUGUCAAUCUCUCCGAACAGAUCGAGCAAUCCAAAGAUUCUCUUGUGCCAACUAUCCCAAAACUUCCUUCUCAUUAAUCCAAAAAUAAAAUAACACAUGAAAUCACGACAUCAUUCUCUCAACAUUAUUAUAUAAUAACAUCAUCUUACAUCCCAGUCGCUACAAUGUAAGAACUUACAACGCCAAUCUCCUAGGAAUCCUAGGCCAUUGAGCAACAAUCUUAAUCCCACAUGAAAGCUAGACGGUGAAGAGGAUGAGCAACAAAGGGCACAGGUGUUUGCUUCUUCUCUCUUCGCUCGCGCUUGUAGUUUCAGGAGUCGUAGAUGGGGAGUACCUGGUCGGAGUCGGGAGCUACGACUCGACGGGACCGGCCGCCGAUGUGAACAUGAUGGGCUACGGGAACAUGCAGCAGAACACGGCGGGGAUUCACUUCCGGUUGAGAGCAAGGGCAUUUGUCGUGGCAGAAAGUCCGCACGGGACGAGGUUCGCCUUUGUCAAUCUCGACGCGGGGAUGGCUUCGCAGCUCGUCACUAUUAAGGUUCUCGAAAGGCUAAGAUCGAGGUUUGGAGAUAUGUACACCGAAGAGAAUGUUGCAAUCAGUGGCACACACACUCACGCUGGUCCUGGAGGUUACUUGCAGUACGUGCUCUACAUCGUGACCUCCCUCGGAUUCGUCAAACAAUCAUUUGACGCCAUCGUUGACGCCGUCGAGCAAAGCAUCGUCCAAGCUCAUAACCACCUCAAGCCUGGUUCAAUAUUCAUUAACCAAGGGGAUGUGGAUAAUGCGGGCAUAAGUCGGAGCCCGAGCGCGUACUUGCUCAAUCCAGCCGAGGAGAGAGCUCGAUACCCGACCAACGUCGACACGCAAAUGACACUGUCGAAGUUUGUCGACGGCGAGAGCAGGGAAAGCAUCGGAGCGUUCAAUUGGUUUGCGACGCAUGGGACAUCCAUGAGCCGAGACAACCUGCUCAUCAGCGGAGACAACAAAGGAGCCGCCGCCAGGUUCUUUGAGGACUGGUACCGGUCUGCUUCGGGGAAGGGGAAACCGGUUAACCGAUCUAACAUAGAUGGUUCGUCGUCGGUCGAGAAGGCACAAACUAUAGGCCCAACCGGAGGGAAGCCUUGCAGCAAAAUGAGCAGCCGGAGUUCCAAGGUGAGGAUAAACGAUGGCUCCUUGUUCGUGGCUGCGUUUUGCCAAUCCAACGUAGGGGAUGUGAGCCCGAACGUGCUCGGAGCGUUCUGCACCGAUACGGGAAAACCGUGCGAUUUCAACCGCUCUUCAUGCAACGGGGAUGACACACUCUGCGUGGGGCGUGGACCUGGGUACCCAGAUGAAAUACUAAGCACCAAGAUCAUAGGUGACAGGCAACUCAAGAUGGCCAUCGAGCUAUUCGAGUCUGCUAAAGAAGAACUGACAGGAAAGAUAGACUAUCGUCAUGCAUAUGUAAAUUUCACAGAUAUUGAGGUGGAGUUAGAGGGAAACCGGGUGGUUAAAACGUGUCCGGCGGCCCUAGGUGCAGGUUUUGCCGCCGGAACCACUGAUGGCCCUGGCCAGUUCGGUUUCCAGCAAGGCGAUACAGAGAUCAACCCCUUUUGGAAGCUUGUGAGAAAUAUGCUGAAAAAACCGAGUGCGUAUCAGGAGGAAUGCCAGAAGCCAAAGCCCGUCUUACUCAGCACCGGCGAAAUGUUCGAUCCCUAUGCUUGGGCGCCAGCGAUCCUUCCGAUUCAAAUGCUCAGGCUAGGACAACUUAUCAUUCUCUCUGUACCAGGAGAAUUCACGACAAUGGCUGGCCGGCGACUGAGGGAGGCGGUGAAGGAGACAUUGAUAAGCAAUGGGAAUGGAGAAUUGCAGGAGGAUCUCCAGGUUGUGAUUGCAGGCCUUACAAACACUUAUUCGCAGUAUGUGGCGACCUUCGAAGAGUACACACAACAGCGAUACGAGGCUGCUUCUACGCUCUACGGCCCCCACACGUUAUCAGCCUAUAUCCAAGAAUUCAAGAAAUUAGCAAAAGCCAUGGCAACAGGAGAAAAGGUCCCCACGAGAGGUCUGUCACCGCCCGACCUUUCCUCUGUACAGCUCAGCCUCUUGCUUCCCCCACUGGGUGACACUCCUCCUCCAGGCAUUAAUUUCGGCGACAUGAAUGAAGACGUCACCCUACCAGAAAGUAAAGCAUUUAAAAGGGGAGACAGAGUAAACGCCACGUUCUGGAGUGCAGACCCGAGACACGACCUAUUAACAGAAGGCACGUUUGCAGUCGUAGAAAAGCUUGAGGGGGAACGGUGGAUACCGGUACAUGAUGAUGAUGACUUCUGCUUGUUUUUCAAGUGGAAGUCAGAAGACUAUGGAUAUGGUUCGGCAACCAUCGAGUGGGAAGUUCCGGAGGAGGCUAAGCCUGGGAUUUACCGCUUGAGGCACUAUGGUUCCUCUCAGAAGAUAUUCUCUCCCACCGAGUACUUCACUGGCGCGUCCAGUGCAUUUUCAGUGUUGUAGUAUCAUGUGCAGAAUUAUCACCAAAGAGUCCCAAUGAAAAUUUCAGCAUUCCGGAA